AUGAAUCCGCUUCUGGUGGCACUGGCCUGGUCCCUGGUGGCGGCGGCGGUCCGGGCCCAGUCGUUGUCGCACGACCACCAAGAUAUGGGGUGGGUCAAUGGCUAUCGGCAGGGUUUUAGCUUUCAGUGCCCCCAUGGCGAAGCCCUGGUGGCCAUCCGGAGCUACUUUAGCGCUGCCGACGGAUCCGAUCGCCUCUGGUCCUUCGAGUGCCAGCCCACGCCUGAGAGUUUGGGACACCCCACCGACUGCUGGUGGGACGACAUUAACCGUGCCGGCCUAGAGUGGACUUCUAAGUGCACUCGCAAUGGCCUUGUGGCAGGCGUGCAGAGCAAGUACUUUGAGAGCGUCCUGGACCGGGAAUGGCAAUUCUACUGCUGCUACUACAAACGCCGUUGUCCGUACUCCUGCAUGAAAACCAAUGACAUUCCAGAACAGCACCACGAAGAGGGCGAACUGGUAGUUCCCAGCUACGGCUAUUUCAUCCGAGGAGCUCAGACCACUUUUAGCGGAGUAAUGAGGGAUCGCCAGUGGAAGUACAUCCUGUGCAGAAUGACCGACUUUGACUGUGAAUUUGACAAUUUAUAG